AUGGUUCAAAUUGACGGUUUCGCUGUUGAGCAGUGGAUGGACCGCUACGAAACUGACGCCAAAUACAACCUCGCCGAGACAUGCUGCGCCUCGAUUUCUCUUAACGACCUGUUGACACUCUCUGCCCAAGAAACAGAAUUGGUCGACUUUGCUCAGAAGCAGGUAUACGGCGCGAUUCGGGGAUCAAGGGCCCUACGAUCGAACAUCGCAAAUCUUUAUUCAGCCGACCACUCCGACCCAGUCGACCUAGUUCUUCCCGACCACGUCCUUGUUACGAACGGAGCGAUCCAGGCAAAUUUUCUCUCGCUAUACACUAUUGUCGGUCCUGGUGAUCAUGUCAUAUGCCACUACCCUACGUACCAACAGCUCUAUUCUGUCCCCGAGUCUCUGGGAGCUGAAGUGAGUCUGUGGCGCUCUUCGGAUGAAAGCAACUGGCAACUGGACCUCAACGCACUGCGGGAGAUGAUCAAACCGAAUACAAAGAUAAUCAUUAUCAACAACCCCCAGAACCCUACUGGCGCUAUACUACAUCGUCACUUCCUACAAGAACUAGUCGACAUCGCACGGCAACGAGAUAUCGUCAUUCAUUGCGACGAGGUCUAUCGCCCGCUUUUUCAUUCCCUCGGCCCGAACCAACAUGAACCUCAGCCAUCUAUUCUCAACUUCGGUUAUGAAAAAGUAAUCGCCACCGGCUCAAUGUCCAAGGCAUUCAGCUUGGCCGGUAUUCGUUUAGGUUGGAUCACUUCGAGAAGUACCGAUAUCAUUGAGGCUUGUGCCUCUGCGCGCGAUUAUACCCUCAUUUCCGUCGGCCAAAUCGACGCUCGCGUGGCAACUUAUGCCCUUUCGAAGCCAUGUGUGGACAAUCUCCUCCAGCGUAAUCUGCAGCUGGCCAACCAGAACCUGGAAGCCGUCGAUGCAUUCGCAUCGGAGUUUACAUGGGCUGUGAGCUGGACACGUCCACUAGCGGGUACAACGGCAUUCGUCAAAUUUGUCAACAGAGACGGCAGGCCGAUCAACGAUGUUGUAUUUUGCCAGCGUCUCCAGGAGCAAUUCGGGGUCAUGCUGGUACCAGGGAGCCAGUGCUUCGGUGGUGGAAUCGACUUUCGAGGAUACGUGCGAAUUGGCUAUGUGCAAGAGCCCGAGACGUUGUUGGAUGGAUUGCAAGCGUUGCGGCUAUUCAUGCGCAAUGAGUACGAAAAGCUACCUGUCGCGUAAUGACCACGGUUCUGGAUGACCAUCGAGAUCCGCUUUUUGUACUCUGUAUCGUCCUUUUCAAAAUAAGACCAAAUCCAAACCAAUCUGUGCAAAGUAGACGCUCCAAGGUAGACAUGAAUCGGAUUCCCAGUAUGUCUUGAGCAACCGUCGGGCCCG